AUGAGCCUGAUGGACAACAGCAAGAAGAUGGAGAUGAUACAAGAGCCUGAUCCUGAUGACGAAGGGACAAAAAUAAGUACAGUGAAAGUCCAAGGCAACGACAUUUCACACAAGCUGCAGAUCUCCAGAGUCAGCAAAAAUGACGAGGGACUGUACGAGUGCCGGGUGACCAGGGCUAACUACGGGGAGAUCGUGGAGUACAAAGCCCAGGCCUGGCUGAGGGUCAACGCCACCGCCAGGCCCCGGCGACCCCUGCCCCCCCCCAAGAAGAGCUCCCCACUGCACCUGACAGACAAGAAGCCCAGGAAGUCCAGCUCCGCUGCGGGUCAGGACAACCUGAGCUCCGAGCAGAGGGUGGCCUCCACGUCCACCUCUCACACGUCCUCCAACACAGCUAAACACAACUCCGGCUCA